UUCCAAAAACCCCUCUGGAGAGUCGCCAAAUAACGCUACAUACCAAGUUUGGCAUCAAUCGGCCCAUCCGUUUAGGCUGUAGCUUCGUUUACAGACAGACAGACUGACAGACUGACAGACAGACAGACAGACAGACGGACUUCCGGGACCCACUUUUUUGGCAUUGUCUACCAUCGUAAUGUCAUGGAAAAAUGUUAUCUCAACUUUUUUUUUUUGUACGAAUGCAUAACUUGAUAUAUAGUACCUAUAUCGCAAGUAAAAAGAACAAGAUCAAAGAGAAACGUCAAAAAGAGUCACAAAAUUUUUUACCGGAGACUCACGGUAGAAAAUCUUCCUUCCCUUUUUUCAAACUUUAUUUCUCCCUUGCUCUUAUGUGCGUCUCGCGCUUUGCGUCUUCGUGUAGAAGCGGACUUAGUUUUAAUUUUGGUAUAUUUUUCAUUAUACUUCUGAUCGUUUUUUUUCAGCCUAAUUGACACACACCCUUAUUUUGAUAAUUGUAAAACAAAAAUAUCCCAUCAUCGCAGAAAAAAAGUGGGAUUUUGUUUUAUCUGGCUCAGGAUUUUUUUGUAUUGAUGAAGAACACUGGAUGAAAAACUCUUUUAUUCGGUUUUCAAUUUCAUUUUGGAAAAAGUGAAGAAUUAACGAAAAAAAUAGAAGAAAUAUAUAUGACAGAAUAUAAUAUAAUAGUAUUUAGGCCACAAACUAAAAUAUUCCUUUUAAUAUAGAAUAUAAUGCAGUUCACCGCUCAGGAAUCAGGAUUGAAAAAAAAAUAGAACAGACUGUUCUCUUGACAAUUUUUCUUUUAAUUACCGAUUUUUAAAGUUAUUUCAAAAAUUGCCAAGUAAACAAUCAAAAUUUUAUUGAUACGAAUUUGAACCCAAACUUUAGAACUUGGUACACUUUUACAUCUCAAUACUUUUUGUGCCAGCAUAAUUUCAACAUAGGUGAACUUGGCUCUUUUUUUAACAGUAAUGUUUUUGUUGUGAUUUCACUUCUUUUUGCAAGGUAUGGCUGUAGAAUUGAAAAUCUCUAUAUUUGAUGAAAAUUCAGUGAAAAUGGGCGGUUGCCACGCCCCCUGGCUGAAAUUCUCAAACUUUAAAUUUUUUCCUUUGUAUAAACUACCAGCUCUACCAUUCUACCAAAUUUCAGGAUUCUACGAUAAUCAGAAGUGCUCUAUAAUAUUUGAUGAAAAUUCAGCAGAAAUGGGCGGAUGCCACGCCCCCUGAAUUGAAAAUCUCAAAUUUUCGAUUUUUCCCUUUGUAUACACCACAAGUCCUAUCACCGUGUAAAAUUUCAAGCUUCUACGUUAACGGGAAGUUCUCCAUAAUUUUGAUGAUCUGUCAGUGAGUGGGUGAGUGAGUGAGUGAGUCAGUCAGUCAGUUACGGUUUUUGCGAUCUUUGAAGCCCUAUAUCUCAGAAACUACUCAUCGUAAGAGGCUGAAAUUUUGUGAGGAGUUUGGUUUUGACCAGCUCAACAAAUGUAGCGAGUUUGAAAUUUCUAGCAUCUUUGGUGUGGAAGUUAGAGGGGGGUCGAAAAUGGCCUGAGUUCUUUCCUGUAAAUAAGGGUGUAGUGCCAAAGUUGCUAGAGAACUUGGCUGGGCACUACCGUGCCCCUUGAUUAAAAGAUUUAAAGGACUAUUAGCACCGUAGUUUGAUCUACUGUAAAUGUUAGAAAUUUGCAACUGCCUUUUUUCUCAAACUAUACUGACUAGCAAUGAAAUUCAAUCGACAAAGGAUCGAUGGAGCUGAAAUCGAUCCAUUGAUUAUCCCCACAAUAAAACAAAAUUGUAGAUACGCUCUGUGACUAGUUAGAGAUGGAAGAUUUAUUAGUUUAAUACGUUGAGCGUAAGGUGGCAAGUUAAUUUGAUUUGACCAUGGUAGAAAACUUAAGCAAAAUCUCAUAAAUCUUCUUUGAACGGACUCCAAUCUAUUUAUAUGAACCGCAUAAUAUGGAGCCCAUAUAACGCAACCAUAUUCUAAAAUGGAUCUUACGAAUGAGACAUAUAGAGUUUUCAAAACAUAAGGAAAACAAUCACAUUUUUCUUGCGUGUAAAACACAUUGUUUUACACUUGUCAAUAUUUAAAACUAAACCAUUAAUAUUGCACCAUUCCCAGAAACAUUGAAGUUCUUUUUGUAAAAUAUCACAGUCUUCAACAGAGUUAAUUGUACGAAAAUUUUUUACAUCAUCGGCAUAUAUAAGAGACAUAGAAUUAACUAGGACUGACGGAAGAUCAUUAAUAAAUAGUACAAAUAAUAACGGACCAAGAUGGCUACCCUGAGGAACACCGGAGUUAACUGUAAAACAUUUAGAACGUUCACUCUUAAAAACAACACUAUAUAACCUAUCUUUUAGAUAUGAAGAUAUCCAUAGCACAAAUCUGUCGCUAAGACCUAUUUUUUUAAGUUAACUUAACAAUACAUGGUGGCUAAGUUUGUCGAAUGCUUUGCUAAAGUCAGUAAAAAUACAGUCAACUUGUUGUUUUUUUUUUUCAAACGCGUCAAUACAAAAUGUAGUAAACUGUAACAAAUUUGUUACAGUGGAUUUCUUUUUAACAAAGCCAUGUUGAUUGUCACAUAAAACGGAGGUACAAUGAAAAGACAAAUUAUCACAAAUAAUAGAUUCAAACAUUUUAGGAAUAGCAGAUAGUUUAGCUAUUGGUCUGUAAUUUAAAACUAAGUUUUUUUUUACCUUUCUUGUGAGUAGGGUUAAGAAGUGCAUUUUUCCAAAGGGUCGGAAAUUUACAGUUUUUUAAAGAUUGAUUAAAGAGUAUAUAUAACGGGUAUGACAUGUAUAUUGCACAUUUUUUUAACAUAAAAGCGGGAAAACCAUCAGGACCGGGACUUAAACAAUUAUCUAUUUUUUUAAUGUACUCUAUGAUAGUUGCCUCAGAAAUAGCAAAGUCAAUUGAAUUAAGAUGUAAAAACUCAUCAACAGUAGAAGUAUAAUAAGUAUCACAAGAAGAAGAAGAUGCAUCAAAAGCAGAUUUAAAAUAUUCGGCAAACAUAUUUGCUAUGUCCUCUGGGUAAUGACUUUCAACAUUUUGGUAGCUCAUAUUAGUUGGGUGACCAUCAGAUUUUCUCUUAAGAUUUACAAAUUUCCAGAAAUUUCGUGGAUUAGAUUUAAGAUCAUCUUCAGUUCUAAAUAUGAAGUCCGAAUAAAGGAAAUUAGAGUAGUUAAUAAAUUCAUCUAUCAUAUUCAUUUUGAGCUUCAUCACUCCAGGAUCGAUUUAACUUCACCCAAGCCUUGUUUCUUUUAUUUUUAAGAGUUAUAAUAUGUUGAACAAACCACGGUGGAGUAUUACUUAAAUGUCUAAUUUUUCGUAACGGAAUGGUUUCUAAGAAACAAUCACGUCGUCGACUAGGUUUCAUGCUGUACGCAUCUCUGUCAUUCUCGAUUUUUUUCGUUUGUGCUUAGCUCUUAUCAAUAAUAUAACCCGUUUCUGUUAAAACAAUAAACACAUAUCCUUCUCUUUCUUACACAUCAAGCCCGUGGUUAAUAAAUCGUGUUGCUAGUGGUGUUCUACUAAAACCACAUGGCCCGUGGGGCUUAAAUGAAACACGGGAACCGAUAUGAAGGGCUUUCUGAAGUCUCCAUAUCGGAACCCAACCCCAAAAGAAAUAGAAAAAACGAAAGCAUUUUUGAUGAUUUCCCCAAUCUCCCAAAAACAACAAUUUCUAAAAAUCCAAAGUUCAUUACGGUCGCUUCUACAGAUGUAGAUAAACCUUUGACAUCAAUAAGCAUUUUCGCGCUUCGCAAGGCCAUAGACGCAAUUAGUACACAAUAUGAGCAAGUAUCCCAGCUAAGAGACGGUAAGCUUCUUAUUUUGACCAAAAACCAAAAAAUUGCGGACAAAUUUAUAGCCGUAAAAAAUCUUCCUGAUUUAUGUUCAGUUUCAAUAACGAUGCAUAAUCAACUCAACAUCUCUAAAGGUAUUGUAUACGCCCCUUGGCUCAUUACUGUCCCCGAAACUGAAAUAGUACUAGAAAUGGGAGUGCAAAAUGUGACUGAAGUCUACAAAUUUACUAAAAUAUUUGAUGGAAAACCCAAACCAACAGGGCUAAUGCUCUUUACUUUUAAUACUUACCAACCUCCUGAAACAGUAGUGAUAGGUUGGACCAACGUAAAAGUCUCUGAGUAUGUUCCAAACCCCAUGCGGUGUAAGAACUGUCAAAUUCUCGGACACACAAAGAAAAGAUGCAAUAACAAUCCCAUGUGCCACAUUUGCAAUUUGCCUCCACACAUUGAAACAACAUGCACAAGAACAAUGUGUGCUAACUGCCUAGCGCCCCACCAAUCUGACUCCAAAGACUGUCCAAAAUUCAUUCAAAUGAAAGAAGUCCUCAAAAUAAAAACUAAAAAAAAAUGUAGCAUGGCCGACGCAAAGCGUAUAUACAAAGAAAGAAAUCCCUUAAUGCCAAAUCCCCCCAAUCAGCAAUUAUUCGCUGAUGUUGCAAAUCUUCCAAAUAAUACAGUAGAACCCAAAAACAACACAAUUCAACCAAUUGAAACCAAAAACAACACAAUCCAACCAACUGCAAACAAAAACUCAAACCCCAUCUCCAAAGUAUCUAUACCUGUUUCUAAUAAUUACAAAUCUAUAAGCUCAGUAGCCAACAAUCCUACGGAACUUUUAGAACAACAAAAAUCACCCCCAUCCAUCUCAUCCCUUCCAAAAAAUAAUGGAAGUAAUAUACAAACCACAUCAAACGAUAUUCAUAUGAAUACAUAUCCAAACUAUAAUAAUUCACUUUCAACUACAAACCAAUUUACACCUAACUCUUUCGAUGUCACAAAAAUCCCACCUUCAUCAUCCAACUCACCUAUAUCCGAUGUUACAAAACAACUUAUUCAAGUAAAUGAUUAUUUUAUUCAAAACUCCGAUAUGGAAGAUGAUUCCAUAUAAAAACAAUAAUUAUGCACCAACCUCUGACUCUGCUGUUUUGAUGUCGAAUCAAUCAUGCUCCUUGGGGAGCAUGGGUGCUUCGACAUCGGGGCAACAGAGUCUAAGAACAGACCACCGCAAUAACAACAACCCAAACCUUUCACUAACUAAAAAUUAUUUUAAGACUCUUCAAUGGAAUAUAAACGGUUAUAUUCACAAUUACGAUGAGUUAAAUUUAUUAAUUAAAGAAAGAUCGCCUUGUGCCAUAUCUCUGCAGGAGACACAUUGUGCGUUUCAAUCUUCCCCUAUUAUUCCUAAGGCAUAUUUAGGGUAUUUUCACAAUUUUGCUUCAAAUCUUUCGUCCAAACAAGGUAUAGCCCUUUUAAUUAAAAAAAAUAUUCCCCACACACAAAUAAUUAUAAAUUCAAACAUCUUAACUUUAGCUAUAGAAGUAAAUUUAUCUAUCAAAUUUACAAUAAUUAGUAUUUACAUUUUGCCCCAACAAACAUUCACUCGUGCAGAUCUUGAAAAUAUCGUAAAUCAAGUGCAUACUCCUAUACUAUUCUGUGGUGAUGUAAAUUCUUGGAUUAUUAAAUUCUGAUCUUAUGGUUUUGAACAACGGUUCACCAACACAUUUUUCGACCCAUAGUUCUCUGACGCAUAUCGACAUAACAUGCUGCUCUUCUAUACUCUACCCAUUAACAUCUUGGCGGACAUUAGAAGAUCUGCAUAAUAGUGAUCAUUUUCCCAUUAUGAUAAGUAUUCUUACUAGCACAAACAAAUCAGAGUUCACAUCUAGUCCCAAAUUUAAAACAGACUUAGCCGAUUGGAAACAUUACCAAUCAAUCGUUACCAAAUAUCUGUCAGAUAAAGAAACAUCUUCAAAUACAAAUAAAGAAGCAGCUUUAAUACAAAAAUCCAUCCGUGUCGCAACCAAUCUUUCUAUUCCCCAAACCGCACCCAACUUUACAUCUAGAGUUGUACCUUGGUGGAGCUCCACCCUUAAGAUUCUAAGAGACCAAAAAAUGAAAGCUUGGAGAAAUUUUAAAAAACAUCCAACGCA